CUUGAAGAAAUUUGUUAAGAGCAAAAGUUUCAGUAGGUCCCUGAUGUCACUUUCUGAUUGAAAUGGGAGUCAGUAAAACUUGAGUUUUACCAUUUAAUCUCUUAAAUAUUCCAACUUCCUUCUCAUUAAUGAUCUCCAGACCUAUCUUUUGUUUCUUAUUAAGUUUUUGUACAAGGUCAAGUGGUCAACUACGUGUCUCAGUUUUCUUCUUUGCUUUCAAGGAUUUGUCUCGUUCAAAACUUUGACUGGGGAAAAAGAAUGAAAAUGAACCAGUUAUGAUGCCCUUAGAGUAGGAACUGUCUCUUUCUUCUUGGUAAGACAGCAACAUUCUUGGAAUUCAUCAGGAUGUAGCUUGCAAAAGAACAUAUAUUGCAGAUGGAGCUCUUCAGAGGUAGUUGGCAUCUCCACCUUUUUCUCUCAAAUUUUCCCUAUAUUAUGUAUAGAUGAUAUCCAUCUUAGUUCAUGUAGACAAAGUUCAGAAAUUAUGUGAUUCCUUCUCUGCUAGCAGUUCUACUCUUUCUCUAAUUGGUUCCUUAGAGGAUCCAACUUUCUUUUCUUUCAUUUCUCACUUCUGCCAUUCUUUGUGUGUUUCCUACAUAUUUUUUUCAACAACAAUCUUUCCACUGGUAAUUCAGUAUGUAAAAGCAGCAUUCAGAAGACUACUGUAGUGUUUUCAGUGAUCCUGAAACAUAUCCAAAAAGAGCAACCUGAGGAAGCUGAUUCCAUGAAAUGUCUAAUGGGAAUCAAGGAUAAAAAAAGCUAUUCAUCGUAUCAUAAAUUGUUCUUAGUGGAGUAAAAUGGAUGAACCUGAUUCAGUUUGCUGCAUAAUCAAGGAGCUGCAAUCGAGCAAUUUAAAAGGUGAUCUGCAGGUAAAGAGCAAAAUGUUUGAAAAGAUGAAUCGAGACUGUGAUGAAUCCAACAAUAAUCUUUGUGUUUCAAAGAUUCAAGAUGCAUUAGCUUCUCUUACUGUCCAACUGAAAGAGUUAUCCAUACGGAGGAGACAAGCACUAAAUGAUUUUCUUGAUCUAAAAGGGAAUAUUCGAGUAUUUUGCCGUGUAAGGCCUUUCCUCCCUGAUGAGAUUUGUGGAUAUGCAAGACGAGUGCUCACUUCAGAUACAACUAAGUUGUUCCUAAGAAUUGCUGAUGAUAAGAACAAGCAAUACAGUUUUGACAAGGUUUUUCAUCCACAAUCAACACAAGAAGAAGUGUUUUCUGAGAUUGAACCUGUGAUCAAAUCUGCCUUGGAUGGCUAUAAUGUCUGCAUCUUUGCUUAUGGGCAAACUGGAACUGGUAAAACUUAUAGCAUGGAAGGUGUUCCAAGCAAUCUUGGUCUUGUGCCUCGUGGGAUUCGGGCAAUAUUUGAACAAGCAUUAGAAAGCAAUUAUACAUUCCAGUUCACCUUCAGCAUGCUUGAGAUCUACAUGGGCACUCUAAGAGAUCUACUUGUUCCACAAAGCACAAAGCAAAGGGUUCAUAAAGCAUGCCUUUCAAUUCAAAUGAACUCACUUGGAGGCAUUGAGAUAGAGAACCUUGUAUCUAUCAAAGUGAGCAACUUUGAGCAAGUUAAAAGACUAUACAACCUUGGAAGCCGAUCCAGGUCAACAGCUUCCACAAAGUCCAAUUUGAAGUCAAGCAGAUCUCACUGCCUUACUUGCAUAUCACUAACUUGUUCUGCUGCACCUGAGAGACAAAAGGAAACAAAUAAGAUAUGGAUGGUCGAUCUAGGUGGAAGUGAGCGGCUGUUAAAGACACAAGCAACAGGAAGAAGACUGGAAGAGGGGAAGGCAAUUAACUUGUCACUGUCAGCUCUUGGUGAUGUCAUCAGUGCACUCCAGCAUAAGAAGAACCAUGUUCCAUACAGGAACAGCAAGCUUACACAAGUUCUCAGAGAUUCACUAGGAUCAGACUCAAAGACGUUGAUGUUUGUCCAUGUAAGCCCCAAAGAAGAAGAUUUAUGUGAGACAAUUUGUUCUUUGGGUUUUGCUACACGAGUGAGAAGUAUCCACCUAGAAAGUGAAAAAUCACCAGAACUGCAAGCUAAGAAGGAAGUUGAAAUGGCUAAGCUGCAACAAACAAUGACAGAACUAGAAAGUGAACAAAAAGAUGUGCAAAGAGAAACUGGGAGGCUCAAUGAGAGACUAACACUUCUAACGGGAUUCGAUCAAUCGAAUGAUGUGCAUGCAAAAGGUUCACUGACAGUGACUGGAGAUCUUCACUUUAAUGGGGAAGUUGAUUUGCAUAAUGCCAAGGGUUUCAAAAGAACAUCUCCAAGCUUGCCCAGGUUCAUGAAACCAACAAUUUGCAGUAAACAAAAGACUGGUUCAGUUCACCUUUCUUCUACAGGUACGAGAAAGAAAUCAGCAAUUCCUUCAAAGAUGAAAAGGUCUGCAUCUGUCUAUGCUGAAUCCAUAACUUCUCAAGCAAAGGAUACUGCUUGUCUGUCUGACUACGGUUCAGAUUUUAGCAUGUCCACCGGCUAUGCAAUUCAGGGACAUGGUGCAGAUGAUGAUACUGAAUGUAGUCAAGGCACUUCAGAAUAUGAGAUUAAACAAGUAAUUUUCCCGGAACAGGAGAAAUCCCCAAGAAGUUCAAUGACUUCUCUUCAUGAUGGAUGCUUCAACAAUGGAAGUUUGAAGGUCAAAGAAAUUAAUAAAAAUAAGCAUUUCACUGAAGAUUGGCUUCAUCUACAAACAACAGGUCAAACUCGAACACAUAAUGUUGGUGGUAAACGCAUAUUUGCUAUUCCGGUUGACAAGAGAAAUAUCAUGUGCAAGCAACAGAACAGAGUAAUAUACUGUAACCAGGCAGAGAUCCAAAAUUUUAGAAAGAGAAAUUCAGGGUCCACAAAGAAGACAAAUCUUAAUGGUGUAGAUUCUCUAAAAAGCAUUGUAUUAGAUGAAGCAAGAAGAUUCAUUGUUUGUUCACUGACUGACAUGGAAGAUACACAGCUUGAUCAGAACCAAGAUCAUGAUCAAGUAGCUGCAGAAAGAACAGGUGGUCAAGUACAAGAAGAUUUGACUGUAGUUACUGUACUAACAGAAACACCUGGAUUCAGAGAAAACCCCAUUUCAGUGGACAGCUACAGUGAAGAUUGUUCAAGGCCAGAACAACAGGAGAACAAAGAGGAAUCUUGCAUGCUUUUUAGAACACCUAGGAGAUCACUAUUUGCAACUCAUUCAUUACAACCAGACCAACAUACUGACUUGAAAGAGUCCAUGAUACAUAUUACCAGUUGCCAUGAUGAAGAACACGGUACAAAUGGGCUAUUCUUGAAGGCCAUCCAAAGGUUGUGGGCAAGUGUACUACUAGGCUUGGGCAUUCAGAGUCUUGGACUAGGCUGUGAUUUCUUCCAUGGCUUACUACAUUAAAAUGCAAUUGCAAUUUUUUUUCUUCAAACUGGUGGGAUGGAACAUAGAAGACCAUAAUAUUGCCCUCCUUCUUUAAGUAAAAUAUUACAGAGCAAUCCUGCUCUGCACAUAAAAAAUUCUUAUACCCUUUUUGGCAAAUAACCAGACCCAAUAAAGAAAAGAGAUAUCUUUAAAACACUCUCUCUCACUGUGUGUGCACGCAUAUGCAUGCUAGUAUGUACGUAUGCGUGUGCUAUGUAUGUCGCAAACACAUCUGCAUCUCUCUAUUAGAUGUGUCUCCAAGUGCAUAUGUAUAUGAGCGUCCAUUCGUAAGUCUGCACAUGGAUGUCUGUGUAUAAAUGCUUCUUUCCUGUUUGAAUCCAUACAUAAAAAGACACUGAAGUUUGUGCA